AUGAACUUUGCUCCAAAGGAAAGCAAAACAUCAUGUCUUCAAUUUUUCCUCUGCAGAGGUGGUGACCGUGGUGGCUACAAAAAUUUCGGUGGCUCCAGAGACUACAGUCAAAGGGAUGAAUCUGGUGGUGGAGGUGGUGAGCAGGAUAACUCUGACAACAACACCAUCUUUGUUCAGGGUCUUGGGGAAGACGUCACCACUCAGGAAGUGGCCGACUACUUCAAGCAGAUCGGCAUCAUCAAGGUGAAUAAGAAGACGGGUCUGCCCAUGAUCAACCUGUACACAGACAAGGCGACCGGCAAGCUGAAAGGAGAAGCCACCGUCUCCUUCGACGACCCCCCCUCAGCCAAAGCAGCCAUAGACUGGUUCGACGGAAAGGAGUUCCAAGGUAAGCCCAUCAAGGUGUCGUUUGCCACGCGCAGGGCAGAGUUCGCCCAGGGAGGAAGAGGAGGCCGAGGAGGAGGAGGAGGAGGAGGAGGACGAGGAGGAGGGUUCAGAGGUCGCGGAGGUGGCGGCUUCGGGGGAGGCGGCCCCAACUUUGACGUGAAGGGAGGAGACUGGCCCUGCCCCAACAGCUCCUGUGGUAACAUGAACUUUGCGCGUCGUCAGGAGUGUAACAAGUGUGGCGCACCCAAGCCUGGGGACAGCUUUGGAGGAGGAGAGCGUGGUGGUCGUGGAGGUUUCGGAGGCGAUCGGGGCGGUGGUUUCCGUGGUCGUGGGGGCGGCGGCUUCAGGGGGGGAGACCGGGGCGGCUACGGAGGAGACCGCGGGGGAUACGGAGGAGGAGGAGGAGGAGGAUACAAGAUGGGAGGAAGAGGGGACCGGGAAGGCAGAAGAGACCGGCCGUACUAGAGCGUCUCCCAGACUCCUCCUGUCUUCGUUGCCAUGGCGUCAGGGAUGGGCUCGUGGAUGAGGGG